UUAAUGUAAAUGUCACGGGAACGUAGGGGUAGCGUGACCGUGUGGCGGAAGUGUUGUUUUGUGUUGUGGAAUUAUGUGCAUGGACAUUCAGGUUAACGAGAAGAAGAAGAAGAAGAUGACCGACAGGAGUGUCGACGAAGACGUACAAAUCGUCGAAGCCCGAGUCAACAGAGGUUUUGAUAAAGUUGUUGUUAAACAAGAACAUCCUGAUGAAGCGGAAAUCCGAGAAUUGGCUGCCAAAAUGGUGGAAGCAAACAAGGCGAAAAUGGUCAGCGGGAUACCAGGAACACCGCAACAACAAAGGCCUCCACAAUGUCUCCUUCCACAAUCAAAUCUUCCUGGUAUUUUAGGAUAUUUGAAUAAACGGCCGGCAGAUUCAUCAACUGCUGUAGCAACGAAACCUCUUUCUACUGAAGGCAAAGUACCGCCUGAUGAUGAGAGUCAACGAGGACGCUUUGGAUGGACAAGCUUUGACGAUUGUCAUAUACCAUAUAUAUUUCGCUCUGGCGAAAAGUAUUGUGCUGUACGAAUCUUAGAAUCUAAGUUGUUGAACAAGUACCUGAGUUACCUACACUCGGAUAUCUACAGUUGUACGUGUAUAAGAAGUUAUUAUAUUACGGAAGCGGAAAGCAAAUUAUUCACUGAUAUAAAUGUGAAACAUUGUGAGAAUCAAUUUGGAAGAGAACCAUUUACAUGUAAAGACCUGGUGGUUCGACUUUCGGACGCGAAGGAGUUUUAUACAUUUUUGGACGUGUGUUAUACGAAAUUAACAGCAGGCACGAAUCCUAAUGUAUCAAGUGGGCAUAAAGCCGAUAAAUGUGGGUUCAUUCGAAUAAACAAGGAAUCUGUAGUACCUUAUACGGUAAAAGACGGUCUUCAAUAUGUCCCUUUGUUUUACUUUGAAGGCGAGACUGAGAAUCUCAAAUUAAAAGCGGAGAAACUGGAAGGUUGGGACUUGUCGUAUUUAAAGUUUUGUUGCAAAGUACAGGGUAUUCGUAAUGAAUUGUUCGCAAGUGAGACAUGCUCGGUGAUUAGUUUGAAUGAUAUUAAAAGUUAUUUUCCUCCCGGUACGGGAUUCGAGGACUAUUGGCCGACUAAAGUGAUGGACUCUCAAUUAUUAGUGAAUAGCAAAGGUGGUGGUAGCGGUGGCGGUUGGACAAAACAACCUCCGACACCACCGGCGACAAAACCAGUUUCCGUACAAAAUAGUGCGAAUAAAGCAGCGGUUAAUGCACGAUCAACGCCUAUGCAUAAUAUGAUACCACGUGGAUCUGUCGCAAAUACAUCGCAAGUACAACGUGUCAGUCAACCCAGACCUGUUACAACGACCCAUCCUGCGCAUUCUUCACCAACAGCACUUCCUUCCGGAAGAUCGAAUAUUGUUACUCAACCAAUGUUAAACACCGUGCAAAGUGUUAAUGGUUGGACGGGUCUCGUUGGUGGUCAACCUACCUUUCAAACAGCACUUGUUUCUCAACCUAGUUCUAUAAUACGAAUGCCCUCAUCCUUAAAUAUGCACAAUCAAAUAUCGACACCACCAAAAAAUUAUUCGCAACAAUCUAGUAGGAGCAGAGGGGGUGGUGGUAGUGCAGCAGCUCAGUACCCUGGAGUAUAUCCAGUUACAACUAUGCAGAAUGUUGCUCAGGCUCAGCCACCCCCUCUUGUCAGAGCAACAGUUCAUUCCAGUCAACCUAAUCUUGGUUAUCCAACCUAUGGGAAGGAUGACUGGGUUACAUCAACAUAUACUACACCUACUUUAGGUGUACCAAAUGCUGUUACAGCAAGUACAUAUCCUCAAAUGCUUGGUUUAAGUGAACAAGUACAAGCUCUGAUGCCAUCACCUACUUCUGUAUCUACAUUGUUGCAUCCACAAAGGCAUACACCAUCCGUACAUAAUACAUCUCAUACAAAAUAUCCACCACCAUUAAUACCAGUUAAUGGUAGUAAUAACAGUACCAGGGAUUCAAGAGGUAGAAAACCACUAAUCCCAAUAUCAGAGUCACAUGUAUCAACCUGUCAAGUUCAACCUUAUCAAAUUCAAAAAGCACUUGUAGAAGAUAAAAUGGUACCUUGUAUUAAUUUUAAACCAUAUAUAUAUUCUGAAUUAUUGAUGACACUUAAUGACUUCGUCGCUCAGUAUUUUCCUGCUUGUGACAUUAAUAGUUGCCGGCAAGUCCUUACAGAUGUUUUGCAUAUAGAUUUGUAUCAAGGAAAUAGGCUACAAAUGAAGAUGUUAAUGGAAGCAGGAAAAUGUUCGUCUUUAAAUGAAGAAUUACCACUAAUACAAGUAAAAAAUAUAAUGAAAUAUAUGCCCCAAUUGAAAUAUAUGUUUAAUAGAGGUGGUGAAAUGGUGAUGCCUGCACCUGCACAUUCCUCCGAAGAACAUCCUGCCAAAAAACGUCAACGCACCAGCUAGGACUGGCUACAGCCUUACUGGCCUACUUAUGAUUAUUAUCAUUCGGCAUUUUGAAAAAGCCGAUUACUUUGACUCAUAUGUAAUAACUCAGCAUUAUUAAAUGCUUGAGAAAAUUGGAUUAAUCUGUUUUGACAUCAUGUGUCAGAAAGAAUGCACAUAACCGAAGAUUACCUUUUAUUAUACAAGGAAUCUGUGACAUACUGUGAGCUAUUUCUUUCUCCAAAGUGUAUCUAUUGACAAGAAUAUGCUUGUAAAUAAAACUGAGAUGUAUAAAACUAGUGCACAGUUGGCAAUUUAGAUAUGCUUUUAUAUAUUAAGAUUAUUAACAUUUUUCUUUAAGAUUUCGUUUAUAACUAGAAGUUGUUGAACGAAAAGCAAGCAAAAAUCAUAAAUACUGUAAUUAUCAAGAUCAUUCCUCUUUUUUUUUUCUUCAUUUUACUUUUCUACCUCUGCUAUAGAGUAUACUACUUAUGUAUACUAUUUCUUUAUAAAUAAAAUGGGUUUUAAUCUUAAUGUGAUUCGGAGAAAGAAAGUGCUGCUGUGCGAUAAUUCAUUAACAAAACCGAAAUGCUGCUAUGGGUUGUUUAAAACUUACCUAUAGAACAUGAUAAACGGAUAUCAAAAUUUGGCAUUUGUAUUAUAUUUAAAGAGACGAAGGUAAUGCUUCUUCAAGUUCCUAGCUAUUACUAAUAUGUAUCCUGAUAAUUGCUGAAAAAUAAUUUAAAACUGUUACUAAUUUUCAACAAUGGUUUAAUAUAAAUUGUGACGUAAGUUCAGCAAAACUUACUAAUGUAAAAAUAUUCUAAGUUUUGAAUGUUGAAAUCUCUAUUUUUAAAGUUCACUUGUCAAAAACACCGUAAACAGUGAUGCAAGAUUGAGAUAUUAUCAGUGUGUAAAUAUCUAAGUCAAUAAAAGAACUGCAAUUUAGAAUAUUAUUAAAAAUAUGACACGUAUUAACAGUCAAUGAAAUACGUAAUACCAGUGUUUAUGAAGGCUUUAUAAUUGUUUCAAAUGUGAGUACAAUCAUUCAAAAAAUGUAAUUGAUUUUAUUUUAUUUUUAAUAAAACCAACAUUAUUAUUAGCAAAGUAUUGUUAAUUAUAAUAUAGAAGAUUGUGUAAAAAAAAAUAUAAAUUUAAAUUAAACUAUAAAAAGAAA